GAUGUGUCAUAGCGACUUGUUGGGGUAAUCAGCUGGCCAGUCAGCAAGCUCAAAGUUCAUCACAUCCCGACUGCCACCAAAUUUAACCACAAAUGGCUUUCUCGCACUCGCUCUCUCUCUAUCAGAUUUGGAGCUGAGAGGGACCCUGGAACAGCCUGGUCCAGCCUCUGUUGCAGACAUGAUGGAAGGAUCAGAGGUUGAAUCUGCAUCAGAGGGAUCAUUCCAGCUCAACAAUAACACAUGUAGCAUGCAUGAAGAGGAAAUGAUCUGUCACAACAGUUCAGAUGAGGCAGAACAGAGUAGUCCAACAGAAGAUGAAACACAACUUAACAGUGAAUUGAAAGAGGCCAUAGUGGAUGUUCAACUGGACACAGAGACAGAGGAGAAUGCCCAGACUUGCAGUCAGACACAAAUAGGGGAGAGGGAACUGGGCUUGGAUGCUAAUUGUGAUAGUGCAGUUUCCAAGGAAGAUGGCAGACCUACUGUUAGUCCUUCAGAUGGGGCUGAUGGAGCUUUAGUAGUCCCAGUCACCACUUUGCAAGAGGUGGUAGAAAAUUCGCCGUCUGUUCUCGAAGGGACAGUAGAAACCUCACUGACCUUGGAUUUAUUGAAUGAUUCCCACACCACCACUCAAAACAGACAUGAGCAGCCCUCUGCCUUGGUUCUCAAAUGUUCCACAGAAUCCCCUUCUGGUGGUGAUGAUGGCACAGUUGAAACUCCCUCAUCUUCCUCCUUCCAAAAUGCUUCCAGACAUUCACCCGAAAACUCGACAACCACCUCUGGGAUCUCAAAUGGCCCUUCCACUCCCAGUUCCGACACGGUUAGCUCCUCAGUUGCUUCUAGCCCACAAACUAACAACAACAACUCAGCCCCCUCAAACCCCACAUCAAGUCUGUAUGACACAGACUGCAGCCGUGAGCUUAUCUCCCAGAUCCAGCGCUCGCUGUCACAGGAGUCGCUGCUGGAUGAGCUUGAGUCAGAGCUGCUGGCUUGUGAACUGACCGAGAGUGGCGGCAGAGACAACAGGAAAGAGAGCCCCCCUGUCAAUGGGCUUCCCACGGACCAGGAGGGCUGCAUGGUCGUCUUUGAGAAGUGUGUCCAGUACAAGUAUGCACAGCAGGAGAAGGCUAUUAAAAGGUUGCUGGAUGAGAAUAAGAGGCACCAGGAGCUGAUACUGGGCAUCUGUUCAGAGAAAGACACCAUGAAGGAGGAGCUGAAGAGGAGGGCAGAGAUGGAAAAACAGUAUAUGGCCACCAUCACAAAGUUGGAGGGUAGGGUGGAGGAGCUGCUGAAAGAGCUGAAAGAAUCGCGGGGCAAACUAGUUAACCAGGAACAGGCAGCCAAGGGUGCCCUCCAGCAGAUGCAGAAAGAGAUGGCCUAUCGUGUGGAGCAGGUGAACAAGAAGUGUGAUGAGGCACGUCAGGAGAAGGAGGCCAUGGUAAUGAAAUAUGUGAGGGGGGAGAAAGAGGCCCUCGACCUGCGACGGGAUAAAGAGGCGCUGGAGAAGAGAUUGAGGGACGCCACUAGGGAGGUGGACCGCCAGGCUCUCCGAGGAAACCAGCUGGCUCAGGAUAAAGGCCGGCUGCAGCAACUGCAUGAGGCUAAGGAAGGGGAGGUUAACAGGUUGACUCGUGAGGUGGACAAGUUGAAGGAGGAGAUCAAUUCACACCUCAUCAAAGUCAAAUGGGCCCAGAAUAAGCUGAAGAGUGAGGCAGAUGCCCACAAGGAGACUAAAGACAAGCUGAGGGAGACUACAUCCAAACUGGCCCAGGCCAAAGAAGAGACUGAACAGAUCCGCAAGAAUUGCCAGGACAUGAUUCGUACAUACCAGGAAUCAGAAGAGAUCAAGUCCAAUGAGCUGGAUGCUAAACUGAGGGAGACCAAAGGAGAGCUGGAGAAACACAAGCAGGAGCAAACAGACCAACUAGAGGUGCAUCGAGUAAAGGCCAAAGAACUGGAAGACCUGAAGAGGAGUUACAAAGAGGGCAUGGAUGAGCUCACAACCCUUCGCACCAAGUUGAAAUGUCUGGAGGAGGAGCGUCCACGCUGGGAGGAUGAGCUGAGCAAGUACAGAGAGAUCAUUAACAGGCAGAAGGCUGAGAUUGGCCGACAGAGAGACAAACUGGGAGAAAUCACCACACUCGAGGAGCAGCAUGAGCGUGACGAGCAAGAGGUUGCUUCUCUUCGUGAGGAGGUGGAUAGUCUGACCAGCCAGAUAGGUGACCUCCAGCGUGACAUACAAGGCAGCAGGGAGCGUGAAGCUGAGUUACUGGGCUUUACUGAGAAGCUGAGCAGCAAAAAUGCCCAGCUCCAAUCAGAGAGCAAUGGGCUGCAGGCUCAGCUGGACCAGCUGACCAGCAGAUCCACAGAGCUCCAGGCUCAGCUUGAGGAGACCAACACACUCCUAGAGGACAAGGUCCAGCAGUUGAAGCAGGAGGAGAUGCUGCGACAGCAGGAGGUGCAGGGCCUGCAGGAGGAGCGGACAGCACUGCAGAGGGAGGUGGCCCAUCUGAAAACCCGUGUGGAUGAGCUGAGGGAUGAGCUUGUGACUCAGAAAAGGAAGCAAGCUGCCAACAUCAAAGACCUGACAAAACAGCUAACACAAGCUCGAAAGAAACUGGAGCAGGUUGAGAAUGGGGGCUGUGACCGUGAUGCUAGUAGUAUGGGCAGUCGCUCCAGUUCCUCAGGUUCCCUGAAUGCACGUCAAGGCGGCAGCAGUGGUCUUGAGGAGCGGUCACCAGAGAGCCAGUCAAGCCCUUCAGUGGUGGUUGUGGACAGCUUCCCAGAGGUGGACAAGGCCGUGCUUGUGGAGCGUAUCGUCCGCCUGCAGAAGGCCUUGGCCCGCAAGCAGGAAAAAAUUGAGUUCAUGGAGGACCACAUCAAACAACUGGUGGAGGAAAUCCGCAAAAAGACCAAAAUUAUCCAGAGCUAUGUGCUAAGAGAGGAGUCAGGGGCCCUGUCAUCAGAGGCGUCAGACUUCAACAAGGCACACCUGAGCAGGCGGGGGGGCAUCAUGGCGUCGCUUUACACCUCCCACCCAGCUGACAGCGGGCUGACCCUGGACCUGUCGCUGGAGAUCAACAGGAAGCUGCAGGCCGUUUUGGAGGACACACUGCUUAAAAACAUCACUCUUAAAGAGAACCUCCAGACACUGGGAGCCGAGAUAGAGAGACUUAUAAAGCAGCAAAGAGAUCCCGGGGAUGGAGUGAGGAGGAAGUGACACAACCGAGAAGGAGGACAUGAAGGACCAAGAGCUAUUUGUGGAGUCUCCAGCCCACCGGUUUUGAUUGGAUCGCAGAACUUGAGAUAAACACAUGCACACAUAGUAUACUCCAACAUGUGAAGGAACGAAGUGAAUGUUGUAAGUGCCAUUAGCACGUCAGGCUGCUUUCUGGAGAACCUCUUGAACUCAAUUUCUGUCCAACGGGGGAAGGUGUCGUUAAUUACUUGAACUGUCACUCGUCCAUCCACAUUAUUCCACCACCCUUUUCUAACCAAACACACUGAUCCUCACUGGUCCUCUGGCUGGUGUCCAUUUCCCCUGCACCCUGCCAGCAGCCUCGCAGGCUACUGCUUCAAAGUUGAAGUGUCUGACUGCCUUUUCAUCUAAUUGACUGGAGAUGCCAUAAUUGUAAAUGUACAGUAGGUUCUACCCAGCAGAUAGUCAAAUACAGAUCUCUUUGCCAGUGUUUUGCCAAUGAAAUCCUCACAUAAAAAAUGGAAGAAACCUAAAAUCUUUGCCCAGCUCAGAGUAAAUUAAGACGAUCACUAAUCCUCGAAUGCCAAGUCCAACUUUUGUUGUCUCAGCAUGCUCGCUCUUCCUCCCUCCAACUCGUCCAUCUGCCAAUAAGCCAAAUGUAUUUUCGAAGGACUGCCAUAGUACAUCAUACACACAGCACUCCCUUUUACAAAAACAAAAGUUUAAAAAAAAAAAAAAAAAAAAAAGCAGAUCUGCACUCAACACUCAGUUGGCUCGUCGGGAACCCUUUGUGCCGCUCGUACAUUUGUCACCAUCUUUCCCUGUGCAAAGCACUUAAGAGCAAGCUGGGGGAGCAGGUUGCCUCAGCAUCAGCAGACCCUCCCAUCUGUGUGACACCGGUGCUAGAUUGAAGAGAGUAAAUUGACUGUGUCUUUAAAAAGCUCUGCAAGUUUGUGCAUUUUCAAUGUAGCCAACAGCACUAUGUGCCAAUGCGUCCUACUCUUAAGUUGUAUAAACGUGAAGAAAAUUUGUGAGAAAUAUUACUAUCAGACUAAGGUUUAAAUAUGGAGCUGGUCUUUAGUUGGUCCAUUUUGAAUGUGAUUUUAAUUUAUUUUGUAUCUGUUCUUUUUGGCUCGAAAUUGAAUUGUUAUUUUAACAUGUAUUUUGUUUUUCUCCCUUUCUUUCUGUCUGCUCACUUCAGAAAUCUUUCUUUUAGAAGUUUGGCCUUUUCUGUUAUUUUAGAGUAACCUUUCAGUGAAUACCUUGACAGUUUGGAUGGCCAUUUUUGUGCUUGUUGCAGCCACGUUACUAGCACCAAAUGAAAUGAAAUCUGAACCUCUCAAAAUGUUUGUGUUUCUGGUGAACUAAAAGUGGCUUGUUAGCAUUAUUGGCAUUCCUCAUUUUAAACAAUGGGCAUGGAGAGCUGUGAACUUUGUUGGCUUUCUCUGCACAUUGUGUACAAUGUGACACAAAAUAUCUGGUGAA